UCGACUUGCAUCACCGCUCACUCUACCCCAUUCUCUGCUGCAAUGAGCUUUCGUCAGGAUAGCGACCCCGGUUCUGUCAAAUCCCUACUCGCCCUCCUCCGUUCGAACCAGGACGCCAAUACCAGCAACACCAGCAAUAGUGUCGCAGGAGGUUCUGCCACAGCUACUCCACCACCAGCACCUCCAGCUGCGAACGACCCGUAUUCUUUAGCUUCGAAUCCGUUUCAUCAGGCUACAUACGGUCAUCCCGGCUCAUCUAAGGGGACUCUGAACGGUCAUCAGCAUCAGCAUCAACCUGAACGAGCACAUGUACAUGGUUAUGACUAUGGAUACCAAAACCAGACUCAGCCGGGAUCUGCACAAACAGGUGGUUCUUCGCUACAAGACCUCCUGGCUACCUUGAGACGGAACAACUCCGGGCCAUCCACAUCCGGACCGUCUGAAUCUACACAUCGAGAGACACGCUCUCAUCCGAGCUGGAUCGAGACGCUCACUGGGACCGAGAGGAGAGAACGGGAGAGGGAAGAAGAUCCAUCACAGGUACAGGCUUCUGGCUCGAAACGACGUCGGAUCGAACGAGAGGUAGACAGAGUCGUAGAGGUGGAGGUGGAUCCCUAUGCCGAGGAGGAUCAGCAUCGACCUGAGAGGGGUUACGAAUAUGAUUCGUACGAAGCGAACGGAACGGACGACCAUGAUUCAGAGAGGCCCGCCAGGUCACCCAAGUCUGAACAUGUGAUCCAGGUGGAGGAUCCUCAUCACUCAGCAGUGAUAGACCUCUCCGCAAACCCAGACAAUGAUAACGAAGUGGAGGAGGAGGAGGAAGAUGAUCGGAUGAACAGGUACGGCUAUACGCCCGAACAAAUGUCCAACCUCUCUAUCGAAGAAGGAAAGCCGAUCGUAGAUGAACUGAUAAUGAGGGGUGAUGUGGUGGAGAAAUUGAAAAAGUUGAAGAAGGAACAAGAAGAGCUGGAACGUCACAUGUGGAAGAAGAGGGGAGAGAUCGUGGCGGAUUACAAGACGAAGUUGCCCGCCGAACGGGCUCCAGAUCAUCCAGAGUACAAGAAAAUUAUCCAACAAAGAACAGCAGCGCUCGCCAAAUUCUAUGCCCAGCGAGUCUUGCCCUUUUACGACAUCACGAUCAAGAAACAGCUCGUUGCGCUGGCAGAUAUCGGGUUCCCGUGUUUGGGAGAUCCGGAGGCGUCGUACCAAGGGGAUGGUGAUGAGGGCGACAAGGAGAUUAGAAAGAGGAGGGAGAUGGUUUUAGGCGUCAUUGAGACGGUUGUCGGGGCGGAGAAGGGGAAGGUGUGAGGGACGAGAUUGGGAUAUGAUGGAUGGGAGUAGUCGCACGAUGACGCGGAUCAGUCCGCAUGUCCUCGAACUUGUAUAAAGCGCAUUCAUAUACCACGAACUACGAACAGGCGCGCGUUUCAUAUGAGCGCGAUCUCGCGAGCUAUACAAUCGAUGGUAAUGU